ACAUCGAUGUUCGAUGAUCAUCGAUGUUGAAAGCAAAAACAUCGCUGUUUUAACAUCGAUAUUGCUAUACGAAAAAUAUCGUAACAUCGAUGUUAACGGCAUCUGUCAUCGAUGUUAACUCACGGCCUCACGCACGACACGACCAAUGCAACUUACGAAGUUACGAAACAAAAUAUGUCUUUUAUGAACGCAUCCACAACACAAAUCAAGUUUAUUUUGAACUUUGAACGCGUAUUCAUUCAUUCAGGGCGCACCGGUCGUUCCUUUUAUUCGUCGUACGUUCUUCGUCGUCUCCUCGCUCGCUCUCUCUCACUCCCCUGACCCCUCCCAUUCGUUUAUUGAUAAAAAAAUUUGUUGUGCGUGCGUCGGCUGUUUUAAUUUACUCAUUUGAUAGUAUUCUAUUAUUGUGCAUAUAAUAUUACGUGAAAUACAACAAUAUGUUAUGAAUGCUGUAUAUGAGAUAAAGAGAGCAUAGAGCAAAACAAUUAUCGUUUUCUUUCGCGCAAAAUUUGAAUGUCUCGGGCCAUAGACAAUUUAUCUCUUUUUUUACGGCUGUGGUGUGGAUUCUUACUGUUUUGCUUGCAUUGAAAAUAGUAUAUUAAGGUAAGGUGACAGAACAUUUUAUUUUGUGUAUUUUCUAUGAAUAUUUUUGCAUGUUCUGGUUAUUUCGAGUUCGUGUCUGAAUUUUAUUUAAAUUUCAUUGUUUGUUUUCAGGAAUACAGGAACAGAAUUAAAAAUGCCGCCAAAAAGUCGCUUUUGGGAAUUUUUUGAAAGACUUGAAAAUAAUGAAGCCAGAUGUCGGUCUUGCCAUAAAAUCAUAAAAACUUGUGGCAAUACCACAAAUCUUAAGUUGCACAUUGAAAAACUGCAUAGUUCAUUAUUAGGAAAAAAUAGCAACGAGGAGAACACAGUUCAUAAAACAGGCGCCAAGAGAUCAUUUAAGGAGACAUUCGUAAAACCUGUAAUGCCAACUGCUUCUACUUCUGCUGAGAUAAUCGCACCUGUCUCUGCUUUACAUGAAAAUAGUUCAGUUGAUUCUGAUUGUAGUUUUAAUGCAAGUGACAUAAGUGCAUCGUCUAUUCGCACAAAAAUAUUUCAGCCGACAGUAAAUCAAAGUUUCAGGAGCAUAUCUGAAUUUUCUGAAAAUGGAGCUAAAGGAAUUCGCCUUACAAAUGCUAUCUUGUUUAUGAUUUGCAAAGAUUCACAGCCGUUCCAAAUGGUUGAAAAUGAAGGAUUUCUAAACUUAAUGAAAGCAGCUGCACCUCUGUAUAAAGUCCCAUCCAGGCAUACUUUCAAGAAAAUGCUAGAGAACCGAUAUGAAGUUACACAGAAUCUUUUUAAAAAUAAAAUCAAAGGCCUACGUAGUAAUAUUACCCUGACAACCGACAUAUGGACGGAUACCAUGCAGACUAGGAGUUUUCUUGGUGUCACUAUACACUUUUAUGACGAAGAACGUAUGGCAAUGGCAUCAGUCACUCUAGGAGUUUAUGAGUUAGCCGAAUCACAUACUGCUGAAUACAUUGGAAGAAUGCUGUUGCAGACAUGUCAUGAAUGGUGUAUAGAUCCAGAAAAAGUAUCCGCUGUGGUAACUGAUGGAGGAGCAAAUGUUGUUAAAGCUGUAGAUAUCUCAUUUGGAAAAAAAUGCCAUAUUAUUUGCUUUGCUCACUUAAUUAAUUUGGUAGCUCAAAAAUCAAUCGCAAAAACAAAGGAAUUGCCAGAAUUAAUUGGAUCUGUCAAAAGGAUUGUCACUUGGUUUAAGCAUAGUGUAGUGGCGAGUGAUGAAUUACGAAAGCAUUCUGAUCUAAAAUUAAUACAAGAAGUCAGCACUCGCUGGAAUUCCACUUUUUAUAUGGUGGAAAGAUUUUUAGAACUGCGACCAACAAUUAAUCAAAUUGUUAAUUGCCAUACAAGUGCUCCUCCAAUGAUAACUGCAAAAGGUAUUGAAGAGUUGACUGAAAUUUUUGAAGUUUUACGCCCUAUAGAAGUUGCUACUAAAGAAAUCUGUGGAGAAGACUACGUUACCAGCAGCAAAGUUAUUCCCAUAACACGAAUGCUAAACUUAAAAAUGAGCAACAUUAAAACAAACAGUUCUAUGGGUCAGGAUCUUAAGCAGAACAUAAUGACUGAAAUCAGUAAACGCUUGUUACCCUCGGAACAUGUUCAAAUACUUGCUUUAUCUACAUUGCUAGACCCAAGGUUCAAAAAUAUUCACUUUCAAGACCGCAUAGCAUGUUCGAAAGCAGUCAAAUUAGUCAAAGAAUUACUAACUACUACAACGGAAGCAGAAGUAAUUGAAGAAGUUAUGAGUGGUUCGCCAGAUCCAACAGAAGAAUUUAAUUUGUGGAGCGAACAUUAUAAACUUGUAAAUGUCAAAAACUCUACGCCUUCCCCUCAUGAUCACGAAAUGCCUUCCGAGUUAAGCUACUUUUUGAAAAAUACAGUAUCUGAUCUUAAACAAGAUCCUAUCCAAGUUUGGAAUAAUGUCAUCGGUUCCACUUACCCGAAAUUAAAAAUAAUAGCGCUGAAAUAUUUGAGUACUAUCGCGACAUCAACGCCAUCUGAAAGACUGUUUUCAAAAGCUGGCUCUACUCUUUAUCAACAAAGAAAUAGAUUAAAAGGUUCUUCUUUAUCAAAAUUACUCUUCCUGCAGUCAAUUGAUAAAAAAUAUUGGAAUAUGUAAUCAUUUGAUCUCUUUCUUAAUAAAUUCCGAACUUUUA